AAAAAAAAAUAAAAUACCAUUUUUUUUUUUUUUUUUCUUUCUUUCUUUUUUUUCUUUUUUUUUUUCCCUUCUUUUUUAAAAAAACCACACUUUUACAUUAUGCCUAAUACAACGACGACGGGUGAUAUUCCACUACUUACAACACCGUUUCUACAUUAUAUACCCACUUCACCUCCCUCACAAGAACUGGACUUUCAUUUACCUUCUCGUACUCCACUGCAUGGCCUCACUGUUUCUGAAUGGGCAGGUUCAAAAACAAGGCUUGAUUCCUUGACAACGAAUAACAUCUCACCCAGCAUUACCAUCACUACCACCAAUAACACAACGGUCCCUAUUACCUGCUCCAACAUGAGUUCGACUAAACCCAUCGUCCUUCUCGAUGCCACAGAAGACAACUGGAAAGAUGUGUACCGUAACAUCAAAUGCAUGGACCAAUUGUAUGAUGCUUCCUUUUAUUCUUGGCUGAAAUCAGAAGAAAACGUCCUCGUCACUGCCAUGUAUUUACAUCGUAUUGCCAACGAAUACCCUCUCCUUCGCAUCAUUAAUGCCCUCAAAUGGCUUAUCAGCGACUGGAGACUAGAGAGUAUUAGUACCCUAGUCAGGCAUGUGACCGUCGACUGGUGUGAUGAAGCAGGCGACCUACGGCGAGCUCAUCUUUUACGUCACUUAACACAGAGUUGGGCAACCCAAUAUACAACUACACUCAUCACCAUGGUUCUCUCUUCAGCACCUUACACUACAGGCGACAGUUUUCAAAGAGAGAGGUUUCUUAGAGCCUUUACUAAAGAAUGGGAUUUUUCCAAACUAUCCGAAUUCUUCAUGUAUCUGCAAAGUCCCGCCAACAUUGAUUAUAAAGUCAAAUGUGUGAUGCUUCAAGAAGCGGCUCGAAGAGAACGAGAAACCUUGGGUGCUAAACUUUUGCGUAAAAAACGUGUGGUAGUGAUGGAUGAAUUGGAUGAGGAACUACCAGUUGAAGGUUCUCAAGAUCAAGAUCAUCAUCAUCAUGAAUCCGACGACGUGGUAGUACAAAUGGAAGAGUCCGCUGCCACCACCGCUGCCACCACCACCACUGCUUGUACAAAUCGAAGACAUCAUCGAAGAACUUCCAGUAAUGAUGUGAAUGAUAUUAAAAGGCUAAGGUUAUCUACGCCUGAUCCAGAUGAAGAUCAUCCUCACUCACUUAAAUAUCUGAAUGAAUUAUCUCAUCUUCACCUAAGCAAUGUCGAUGCUAGUGGAAGUAAUAGUAGCAGUAGCUGUAGUAAUAGUAGUAGUAGUGGUAGCAGCAGCAGUAGUAGUAGUAGUAGUAGUUGUGCUGCUGGUAGUAGUAGUAGCUCAUCGACAACGGUGGUGAUAGGUAGUAGAACAAGAUCUGCUUCGAUCGAAUCGUGUGAUGAUCCCAUGGAGACGGAUUCGACGGUGAAUAAAAAGAGAGCGAUCACUGCCCAUUUUACAGAAGAAUAAAAAAAAAAGGGAAAAAAAAAAACAAUUAAAGCAUGAACACACGAUCGCCAUUUAAAUAAAGGGUCUCUCUGAUGGUGUGUACCAAAAUAAGU